GUUCUCUAAAGCUUUCUGCAAGUUUCUUCUCUCUUUAUACAUAGCUGAAGCUGUCUGCUCUGAAUUUAUUUGACUUUUUUUUUGUAAUUUUUGAAUCAAGUUGCCACUUUUUAAUUUAAAAACCUAGAAUUGUGUCUUUUUUUUUAACUUUCAGGGUUACGCAUGGGCCUCUUUAGAACAUUCCUCUGAACACAAAAGACAGCAUGAUGGAUGUGAACAUGUGACAAGGGGAGCUAAAGCCCACCCAAAGAGGCUGUAUAAAUAUCUGCCAGCAGAAAGAGGACUUUUAUUCAGCAGGCAAGCACAAAGAGGACAAGAAAAGGCUACCAUGGCAUCUUUGGGCUUGCAGAUUUUAGGUGUUGCACUGGCUGUCUUUGGGUGGCUGGGAAACAUAUUUAUCUGCAUGCUGCCUAUGUGGAAAGUGUCCGCUUUCAUCGGGAACAACAUUGUGGUGGCUCAGACCAUAUGGGAAGGAUUGUGGAUGUCCUGUGUGGUGCAGAGCACAGGCCAGAUGCAGUGCAAGGUGUACGACUCCCUGUUGUCAUUGCCUCCAGAUCUCCAGGCUGCUCGAGCUAUGGUGGUCAUCGCCAUCCUCUUGUCUCUCUUUGGCCUGCUUCUUUCAGUGGUUGGAGGGAAAUGCACCACCUGCAUCGAGGACGAAACGGCCAAAGCCAGGGUCGCCGUGUCUGCUGGUGUUUUCUUCAUUCUGAGUGGGGCUUUGUGUCUCAUUACUGUGUCCCUGCCUGCUAAUACCAUCAUUAAGGACUUCUACAACCCCAUGAUUCAAGAUGCUCAGAGGAGAGAACUGGGUUCAUGUUUGUACGUGGGCUGGGGAGCAGCAGGAUUACUGUUUGUUGGUGGUAGUCUUCUGUGCUGUCAGUGCCCAUCAGGAGAAGGACGCUACAAUGGUCCCAAAUACUCCCCUCCCAAAUCCACAACACCUGGGAAGGAAUUUGUCUGACCUGCCUUCAUGCCUCAGGCGCAUCCGGACCUGCAGAGGAACUGCAGCAGAAGCCCGUCUCUUAUCAAUCUUUUAAUCGCAUAGUGACUAACACUUUUGUUUUGUUUUUUACUUCGGCACCACGGCUGUCUGUGAAACAGACACAGUACGAAGAGGAAUUAAGCCCGUGGGACUGAUGCACUAAAUCUUCAUGCAUGCUUUGCUUUUAAAAUGUUUACAGACAAGAAAUAAAUGAGUUCAACCUAA